AUGUGAAUACGAGAGAGAACUCAUACUCUCGCAUCACAAGGCAGAGAUCACAAGGCGCAUUGUUUGGCCAUUUAGCCGCUACAAGAGUUAACGCUGCUGGGCGUGGCUCCUUGGAACCGGACUCUUCCCACUUCCAUGUGGGCGGAGCGAGUAGAACCUUGGAGAGCCCGACUUCCCUCGAACCUCAUUCUCUUCUCUUUCCUCCCCCACUGAGGGCAGUGCGCUCCGUCCUUGCUGGUGCCGCCAUUUUGGAAGGAGUAAGAGCGCAACAAACACGCUCGCAAACCCUCUCCUGGUUCAGUCCACUAGCACGCACAGCUGACCGGCACAAUGAGUUCCCCGAUAAACGUGAAGAAGCUCAAGGUAUCCGAGCUAAAGGAAGAGCUGAAGAAGAGGAACCUUAGCGAUAAAGGGCUGAAGGCCGAUCUGAUGGAGAGACUGCAAGCUGCGCUGGACGAGGAGGGAAGCGCUUCUGGAGGAGGGGGAGUGGCGGUCCCUGAUGAGGCCGAGGAUUUGGGCGAUCCCGAACAAGGUGCAACCGGAGAAGACGAAGAGGAGGAAGAAGAAGAAGGAAUGGAGCUAGGAGGAGAAAACGGAGGCGAUGGGGCCGAUGAGGAGGCGCCCGACGAGGAGGUACCCGGCGAGGAGGUACCUGAAGCAGAGCAAGGAGAUGAGAACGGAGACGAUCAGGGUUUCCAGGAGGGAGAUGAGGAGGAGGAGGAAGAAGAGGAAGAAGAUGAAGGCAUUCCGGUUGGACUGGAGGAAGAAGAUGAUGCGGAAGCGGCUAUCGGAGAGAACGGGCAAGAUCAAGAGAAGGAGGAAAGCGAGAGUGCGCCCAGCGGCCCACAACCACUAAUGGCCAUAAAGUGCGAAGAGACGGGCGGCCCCGGGAGGAGCGAUGGAAAAGAUCCAAAAGAGAAGAAAAGGGGUGUGAAAAGGCCACGUGAGGACCAUGGUCGUGGCUAUUUUGAAUAUAUUGAAGAAAAUAAAUAUAGCAGGGCAAAGUCUCCUCAACCACCAGUUGAUGAAGAAGAUGAGAAGUUGGAUGAUACCAUGGUACUUCUUGAUACUUAUAACUGUGAUCUUCACUUCAAAAUUUCUCGUGAUCGCUUAAGUGCAUCAUCACUUACCAUGGAGAGCUUUGCACUUCUCUGGGCUGGAGGGAGAGCCACUUACGGUGUAUUAAAGGGGAAAGUUUGUUUCGAGAUGAAGGUAACUGAAAAGAUUCCAGUUAAACAUGUAUAUACAAAAGAAACAGAUGUUCAUGAAGUUCGUGUUGGCUGGUCAUUGAGCUCCUGUGGAUACAUGCUCGGGGAGGAGGAAAAUUCCUAUGGUUAUUCUCUCAAAGCAGCAAAAUGUUGCAAUGGUGUUGCUGAGGAUUAUGGAGAGAAAUAUGAUGAGAAUGAUGUGAUCACUUGCUGUGCUAAUUUUGAAGAAGAUGAAAUAGAACUUUCUUAUGCAAAAAAUGGCCAAGACCUUGGAGUUGCUUUUAAGAUUAACAAAGAUACCAUAUUGGAGCAGGCUCUCUUCCCACACAUUCUCUGCCACAACUGUGCCGUAGAAUUCAACUUUGGGCAAAUGGCAGAACCAUUUUUUUCUAUCCCUGAAGGCUAUACAUUAAUUCAGAACGUUCCUUUAGAGGACAGAGUCAGAGCACCUCUGGGGCCAGAACAAAAGCAGGAUUGUGAAGUUAUAAUGAUGAUUGGCUUGCCAGGUGCUGGAAAAACAACAUGGGUAACUAAUCAUACUGAACAAAACCCUGGCAAAUACAACAUACUUGGAACGAACACUAUUAUGGAAAAGAUGACGGUUGGCUGCAAAAAGCAAAUGUCUGACACUGGAAAGUUAAAUGCUUUGCUGCAGAGGGCCCCACAGUGCCUAAGCAAAUUUAUUGAGAUUGCUGCUCGCAAAAAAAGGCAUUUUAUCUUGGAUCAGACAAAUGUGUCAGUAGCUGCACAGAGAAGGAAAAUGUGCUUGUUUGCUGGCUUCCAACGCAAAGCAGUUGUUGUUUGCCCAACAGACGAGUUAUAUAAAGAGAGAACACAGAAAAAAUCUGAGGUGGAAGGCAAAGAUCUUCCAGAACAUGCAGUUCUCAAAAUGAAAGGUAACUUUACUCUUCCAGAAGCAAGUGAGUGCUUUGAUGAAAUCAGUUAUGUGGAGUUGCAAAAGGAAGAUGCUGAUAAACUUAUUGAGCAGUAUAAGGAGGAGAGUAAGACGUCCCUUCCACCAGAGAAAAAACAAAACAUUGGAGCAAAGAAACCAAACAAGAACAAAAAUACCAAAGGCAGAGGUGGUAUGUCUCACGGUCAUGGACACAGAGGCCGGGGAGGUGGAGGAUACAAUAUGCGUGGAGGAAAUUUCAGGGGUGGAGCUCCAGGAAACCGUGGAGGAUACAACCGAAGAGGAAAUAUGCCCCAGCGUGGUGGUGGAGGCGGUGGUGCCGUUGGGUAUCCAUACCCCCGUGCACCAGUCUAUCCUAACAGAGGUGGCUAUGGUAACCGUGGAAACUUCAACCGUGGCGGGGGCGGUGGAAUGCCCAGCCGUGGCAACUACAACCAGAACUUCAGAGGAAGGGGAAAUAAUCGUGGCUUCAAAAAUCAGUCUCAGGGUUACAACCAGUGGCAGCAGCAGGGUCAAUACUGGGGUCAAAAGCCAUGGAGCCAGCAGUACCACCAAGGAUAUUAUUGAAUACCCAAAUAAAAAUGAACUGAUACAUAUUUCUCUUCAAAACCUUCACAAGAAGUCGACUGUUUUUCUUUAGGCUAACUUUUAAACAAAAAACAAACAUUCCACAAGAGGAAGUGCCUGCGGGUUCUUUAUUACUUUUGUUUGGGUUAUUCCCAUUUAUUUUGUUUAGUUGCUUUCUGGGUUGAAUUUUUUUUUUUUGUACAUUUUAAUUGCAGUUUUAAAGCGAUGAAUAAGAACCUUAGCAUUGUGCACGAUAAGAAUGUGUCAGUAUUUCAGGGUUCUUCAUUUUUAUCUGUAAUGUGACUUUUUUUUUCCUUUUUUAUUACCAUAACAAAAGUAAAGAUGUUGCUUUGUAACUGGUGUGUUUUAUUAAGGACUGCAAUGCCAUAAGUGUCCAGGGGCUUUUUAGCUGGGAUAUCCUGUCACACAACAGUUGAAAUGUUGGCAUGCUAAGUGGCCCUUGUUGACAGAUUGGAACUUUGUAAAAACCCGUUUCCUCUCUACCCUCCACAUAGGGAAUAAAUAAGGCAUUUUAAGAGUUUCAGGCUAGCUUGUAGCAUUGGAGGAAUGCUUUAUGAAACUUUCACAUGAACCAUAGGGUGUAGUAUGUUAAAGCUGUUCAAUGUAUUUUGCUUUCUGUGGAAACCGCAGAGACUUUGACUUGUGAAGGUUCAACACCAUUUACUCCGUUUGUUAUGCAUUUUGAUUCGAAGAAAAGGCGUAUUGCCUAUUUCUUAUUAAACUAAACUUGUUGUAAA